AGCGCGGUUUGAAGGGGAUACUCCCCACGAAAAUGAGCUGAGGCUAUCGAAUGGGGUGCAGGAGAUGCCAUGGGGAGAUCGGCGGUGGUUGGAAAGGAAGGUGUACAACCUUCCAGAUGUGGUUGGGUUGCCGUUGUUUGGUGGUGGUACGAGUUGUUGAAGUUGAGAGUAGGACAGAUAUAAAGAUGGGCUGGGUCCUCAUAGAUGUUGUUGAUUCUGUAUCCCACGAGCCCGAGCUUGCAUUUGUACAUAGUUUUCAUCGGUCAAAAUGGUUCAGUUCCUCUCCGCCCUCGUUACCAUUCUCUCGGUGGUCGCCGUGUCUGCUGCACCGGUCUCGACCGAGGUAGAGGCUGCCCCUGUGCUUGAAGAGAGAGCCUGUGCCUACACUUGCGGCACUGUUUGCUACCAGACGUCCCACAUCACUGCUGCCCGCAACAAGGGACACACUCUCCGCCUUGCUGGCCAAAACAUCAACAGCUAUCCCCACCGGUACAACAACUACGAGGGCUUCAACUUUCCCACCCCUGCACCAUGGUAUGAGUAUCCCAUCAUGAAGACAUACGCCGUGUACACCGGUGGAUCUCCCGGCCCGGACAGAGUUAUUUUCGACAGCAACGGAGCGUUCGACAAGUUGAUCACUCAUACCGGGGCCAGUGGCAACGCAUUUGUGGCUUGUACAUAAGAUAGAAGUCGAAGAUUGGGG